GAAGUCAAGUGGCACUUUCACAGCACUGACAAACUGACAUUUAGAGAUGCCUUCACUGGUUUUGUGACAGCGGACAGCGCCGGGUCUGAUGGGGGCGUGAAGUUUACCGGCUGCCGGCUGUAACCCGGAGAAGCAACAGGAGGUUGAGGUGGACGAACAUGGCGGACAGAUGCAGGCUUCCAGCUGCCAAGUAAACGUUGGGCAAAGCGAAACUGAAGACGAAGGACUGCUGCCGGGUGACUCGUCACGUAUUUCAGCGUUACAUGGAUAGCUGGGUCCCAACAGGACUGUAAAAAGCCCUCCGCUAAAGCCGUAUGGCGUCCACCCAAGCCCGGAUAGGCCAGCAGGCCUUGGUGGUGCUGGAUGUGGCUCUGCGAGUUCCAUGUAUUUUUAUUAUCGACGCCAUUUUUAACUCUUACUACGACCCUGGCUCGGGCUGGGCCGGGGCGAUGGGGAAGGUGUUUGUCAGAGUCAUGGGUGUCCUCAUCUCCACUGUGGUGCUGCUGCUUUCUCAGAAAGCCUUGUUUAAGUUCUACACUCUAUUCUUUGCUGUCCUCCUUGGCAUGGCAGCAGUCCUCAUAAACUACUACGCCACCUCCCACAUGGACUUCUACAACGCCUACUACAAAGCAGCGUUGGGCUUCAGGUUGCUGCCUAGAAACGGGCCGACGCUGUGGCUGGGCAUGGCCGCCGUCCAGCUCGUCUUUGGGAUUGGCUAUGUGUUCUUGCUUAACCUCCAGUCGGUGUUUGCUGCGCUGGUGGUCCUGGACAUCAUGAUUCCUCUGUGGGGGCUGAUGAUUGAACUUCCUGCAGAUGUCAGGCAUCUGGUGGCAAUGUUCUCGGGCCUGGUGCUGGCUCUCAGCACAGCCGUUUGCCUCGCCACGAGGCUCAAAUGGUUCUACUAUUCAUGCCGGUACGUCUACCUGCUCGUACGGCACAUGUACAGGAUCUACGGACUCCAGCUGCUGCUGGAAGACACGUGGAAGAGGAUCAGGUUCCCUGAUGUGCUUCGAGUGUUCUGGCUGACCCGGGUAACAGCCCAGGCACUGAUACUGGUUUACGUGGUGCAGGCGGUGGGGAGAGAGAGCGGAGAUGCCACAGGUGGAGCUGCAGAUGGGAGCUCUGAUGCACAGGGUUACCUGCUGAGCUGGGAUGUGUUCUGGGAUCUCACGAGUAACCUGAUCAUCUCCGGCUGCGACUCCACGCUCACUGUGCUGGGGAUGAGUGCUGUUAUCUCCUCUGUUGCACAUUACCUGGGUCUCAGCAUCCUGGCUUUCAUAGGUUCGACUGAGGAGGAGGACAAGCGGUUGGGCUUUGUGGCUCCUGUCCUGUUUUUCAUCCUGGCUCUUCAGACUGGCCUCAGCAGCCUGGAACCUGAGGAACGUCUGGUCCGCCUAAGCCGGAACAUGUGCCUUCUGCUGACCGCCAUCCUGCACUUCAUUCAUGGCAUGACUGACCCCGUCCUCAUGUCUCUCAGCGCUUCCCAUGUCUCCUCUUUUCGGCGGCAUUUCCCCGUCCUGCUGGUGUCCCUGGCGCUCUUUGUACUCCCCGUGGUGCUCAGCUACGCCCUCUGGCAUCACUACGUCCUCAACACCUGGCUCUUUGCCGUCACCGCCUUCUGUGUUGAGCUCUGCCUCAAGGUGGUUGUGUCUUUGACCGUCUACGGCCUCUUCAUGGCUGACGGAUUCUCCAAUGUCCUGUGGGAGAAGCUGGAUGACUACGUCUACUACGUGCGCUCCACGGGCAACAUCAUCGAGUUCCUGUUCGGCGUCAUCAUGUUCGGAAAUGGCGCCUACACCAUGAUGUUCGAGACGGGCAGCAAGAUCCGCGCCUGCAUGAUGUGCCUGCACGCUUACUUUAACAUCUACCUGCAGGCCAAGAACGGCUGGAAAACGUUCAUCAACCGCCGCACUGCCGUCAAGAAGAUCAACUCCCUGCCGGAGGUGCGCGGUGACCAGCUGAGGAACAUCGAGGACGUGUGCGCCAUCUGUUAUCAGGAGUUCGCCACCUCAGCCCGCCUCACGCCCUGCCACCACUACUUCCAUGCACUGUGCCUGAGGAAGUGGCUCUACAUCCAGGACACGUGCCCCAUGUGCCACCAGAAAGUUUACGUUGAGGAGGAGAGUAGAGACAGAGCCGCCUUUUCCAAUAACAACGGGGGCUACGCUCCGCAGCAGGAUGCCGCCGCUGCGGGCCCGCCGGCACCGGGGGAUAACCAGCGAGGACAGCCGGCUGCAGAGAUGCAGGCCAAUGGAGUGGCAGUUGGCGCGCAGGCCGCAGGAGGAGCGGCGGCGCUGGACCACGAUCUGCUGGAGGACAAUGACAGCAUAGAGUAUGACGAAGACGAGUGGGGGACUCAGAACGGCAGCGCGCUGAUAGAAGAAGACUAUAUCAAUGAUGACACAGACUCCACAGAGGACUGACGACAGAAGAGCUAUAGAUAAAUAAACAUCUAUCUUUAUUAUAUUUAAGUUAAGAAAUGAUAAAAGACAUCUUAAGCAUCUUAAUUUGCUCUUGAAAAAUGUCAGGGAUGUCUUUCUUGUUAGUUUCUUUACGUUUUUGAGUUUUACUCUACAAGGGCUCGUGGAAAGAGUAACUGCUGCUCUUGGUGUGUGUGUGUGUGUGUGUGUGUGUGUGUGUGUGUGUG